UUGGUAACAGAUGAUACAUCAACGUUGCUAUGACAAUGUCUAAACUUUCUGUAUUUUCACAUCUACUUCAUAGUUCGUGACACUUCUAAUACUAACUAGUAUACUAACUCGUACAUUAUAAUUAAAAUAUAUUUAAUAAAACGUAAGUGAACAUAAGAACAAUGGCAACAGCAAUAAAAGAUCGUACUAUUCCUACCUUGGAUACCUUGGUGAAGUACGACAAUCCAAUUUUAGAUGCAACACGGCCAGAAAAGAUACCUAAAGAAGCUGGACCAAAAAUUGGAGCAACAGUUUGCAAAGUACAAAGUAUUCCACCGAUUCUUGAUACAAGACAUGAAACCAUUGACAUUUUAAAUAGGAUCUUACCACCCAAAAAGUGGGAAGAAGAUGGACAAAUAUGGAUUCAACGAGUUUCAAGUACACCUGCAACAAGAUUGGAUGUUAUUAAUCUACAAGAACAGCUUGACAUGAAACUGCAACAAAGGCAAGCAAGAGAAACAGGUCUUUGUCCAGUUCGUAGAGAGCUCUAUACGCAAUGCUUUGAUGAAAUAAUACGCCAAGUGACUGUGAACUGUGCUGAACGCGGUAUACUACUGCUUCGGAUUAGAGAUGAACUUAAAAUGACAUUGGCCGCAUACCAAAUAUUGUAUGAAAGCAGUAUUGCUUUCGGCAUGCGCAAAGCUCUACAAGCUGAACAAGGAAAAGAGGACUUAAUAGCUGCUGCUGAUGAAUUACGGUUGCAGAAGUCUGAACUGGAAAAAACAGUUACUGAAUUGAAACAAAAAUUUGAUCAAGCUCAAAAAAGAUCCUCUGAGUUGAGAGAAGCAGAGGAAAAGAAACAUACAGAAGAGAUACAGUUCCUUAAGAAAACCAAUCAACAACUAAAGACUCAAUUAGAAGGUAUCAUUGCACCAAAAAGAUAAAAUGAACGUGAACGAUGGUUAUAAUUUGUAAUAAAAGAUCGGAAUAUACAUCCUUCAUUAUAAAUAUAUUACUACAUUACAUUUAUUUUAAUGUAGCAUGAGGAUCGGUAUAAAAAACUUCUGAAAAUUAUAUCUACUUUCUUACUUAUUUAAAGCAUAAAAAUCAAUUGUAAGAUUUUUCGCAGUUAUACAUUGUCUAAAAUAAAUUUGCGCUUAAAUGUACAUUAUUCUGUUUACAAAUUCACGUGUGUAAACUCUAUAAAUAUUGCUUAAUAGAAACACACAGAUAAAUAAACGUGUAUAUCAUUUCUCAUCCUAUAGUUCCAAUAUUUUGCACUUUAAUACUUUGCAUUUCUUGCUAUUUAUUUAUUUAUUUAUUUAGUUCAUCUUCGAAAAAGUAAGUAACACUAUCCAAACGUAUAGCAUAUAUUACAGGA